AUGGAGCGGAGCGGCAGCGGCGAGAACGGAAUGGAGAGAACCGGGAACGGCACCGGGAAUAACUCCGGGAACGGCACCGGGAAUGGCAGCGGGAGCGGGCGGGCAGCGCCGCCUGGCGGCCGCGGGCUGGCAUUGCUGUGCCUGGCGCUGCUGCUGCUGCUGCUGCUGCCCCCGGCCCGGGCCCUGCCCAGCGCGGUGCGGGCACGGACCGACCCUGACCGGGCACUGACCGGCCCUGACCGGGCACUGACCAGCACGGAACGGGCACUGACCGAACCGGACCGGUGCCUCAACCGCUCCCGGCAGCUCCUGGAGGCCGCCAACGCCGCCCCGCAGCGGCUGAAGGAAUCCAACACGCUGGGGUUUGAAUGCAGCCUGGAGGAGGUGGAUCUGCACGACAUCACUGAGAACCAGCUCAACACCCUCCGAGCCUGCACAGCUGCGGAUCCAGGGCCUGGAAAUUGCCCAGUCCUGGAAAAAUCAACUUUUGACGAGGGAAAAUGCCUGCAGGGCAUCUCUGAGGAUGUGAGAGCCUACAGGGCGCAGCUGAGGAGCCUCCCUGACCCCCAGCUGCUGGCAGCCCUCGAUGGGAUGAUGGAGGCUCUGGGCAGCAGCACCGGGCAGGUUCCGGAGGCACUGGGAUCACUGGGACCAUCGGGAGCGCUGGGAUCGGCGCCGUUCGCGGCGCGCCUGCGGCUCUGCGCCACGCUCCAGGCCCUGCGCAUCCGCAGCGUCACCAUCUCCAGGGUGCUGAGCUUCCUCAGCUCCCCCUGACCCCACACCCAGCACCCCCGGAAUCCCCACAGCUGCGGUAAAUUCCCAGCUUUGGGAUUUAAGCUACACCUGAGCACCAAAACGUUCCUGACUCCGAUUUAUCCGUAUUUGCUCUGCUGAUUGCUCAGGAACCGAGAGCUGCUCACGAUAAUUCCUCUUCUUGGGGAUCCCUUCCAACUCAGGAUAUUCUAUUCCAUGUUUUAUUCGGGGUGACAUUCCAUUCUGCUCCCUGAUUUUUAUGACGAUAUUCCUUGAUUUGUGAUUCCAUUCUAUUUCAUGAUUUAUGAUGGU